CCCAGUCGCCAUGGUAACGGGCACGCCGGGUGUGGUGGGGAUGGGACACAGAUACCACAUUGAGCAAAUUCCGCUUUUUCUUCAAAAGUCAAAAAAAAAACACACACCCAACUCUCGGUUACAUGUAUUCAGUGGCUUCUGGUGAAUACCGUGAGAAGCUCCGGGGAUCUUAUUUUUUAACCGGAGUGGAGUGUGAUUGAAAUAAGUCCCAACAUUUGCAGCCGUGCUUUAUGAGCCAUGAAGCUCGGAAGGAAUCGCUAACUCUGUUUCUCUGUAGAUGCUGCCAGAUCUGAUCUGACCUGCAACAUCAAGGACUCUUGAAUUAUGAGCAUGCCUGAAAAAUUCUCUAACAAGGGUGACUCAUAGAUCAUUGUUUUAUGUGGAAACUAAUCCAAAGACUCAUUCAGUACUGAUGUUUCAUCUAAAUUUGCUGGCAAUGGCUACACAUGAGGAAUUGCAUUCUCUAAUCCAUCACGCAACAGCUGCAGUCCUAUGUGGUAUGGGUAAACUCCCAGUUAAAGAAAAAGCCUGGAUUGAAACCUGUACAGGAUUUGCGGCAAGAUUUGUGUGAUGGCGUGGUGCUGACCCAUCUGGUUGAGAUUGUAGCCGGUGAGCAACUCAGUGACAUUUACUUCAACCCUACCAGCCAUCAGGAAAUGAAAGAAAAUGUUGAGAAAGUGCUGCAGUUCAUAACCUCUAAAAAGAUCCGUAUGCACCAGACCUUUGCUCGAGAUAUCGUUGAAGGGAACCUGAAAUGCAUAAUGAGACUGAUUCUAGCACUGGCAGCUCACUUCAAACCAUCUGGUGUUAGAUCUGCCAGCCAAUGGUCCACAGUACCCUUGGGGAACAAGUCUACAACUUCUUCUGACAAUCACAGGCCCCUUUCUGCUACUGCCAUGGUGCAAACAGCUGCUGCAGCUCUUGCAGAGGUUCGGCAAGAUGUUUCUCGAUCUGGACGGGAAGUAUUCAGAUACAAACAUGAAGUACAGAGCUUUGAGGAUGAAGUUGGAAGUCACACCUGGAGUGUUCGGGCAAUGGUGCAACAGUAUGAGGGGCAACAGAUGCCUUUAUCUCCACCACUUUCCCCAAGCGUCCGAUCGGAGAGUCCAACAAAUAGUGCAAAGCCAGAGUCUAUUACAAGUCAACUAGAUGAAACAUUGGAAUUAUCUUCCCAAAAAGAGGAAUGGGACACUAGGCCUGCAGAAGACAGCAUUCAAUCUGCAUGGAUGUCCAUGAAUUCUGGAAAAUCCCAAGUGAACGAUAAGCACUACCUUUGGGAAGAUCAAUUACUGGAUCAACAGGACCAAUUGGGGAAGGAAAUGGAAGAAGCCAGAAAGAUGAUUUCUAUCUUACAAGGCCUACUGUUGAAUGGUUCACUUCCUGAAGACGAACAGGAGGGAUCAUUUCCACUGUGUGAGCAAGGAGCAAGUGCAGAAGAACAAUUGGUUAUCAUCAAGAGUCGUCUAGAUCUAAGUAUGGAUGAAUGCAAAGAGAUGAAGAGGGAACUAUUGAAAUAUAAGCAAGAAACCAGGAAUUUGCAGGGAGUAAAGGAUGCAUUGCAGCAUCGAAUGGCACAGCAGGAAAGCUCUAUUCUUCAGCUAAAACAGGAAUUGCUGCGAGCAAGCAUGGCAAAAGAUGAGCUGCUGAGUGAAAAUCUUGACCUACAAAGGAAGACUGAAGAAAGGAACAGACUUCUUGGGGAAUUUAAAAGAGAGUUGGGUCAGAAGGAUCGACUGUUUCAGCAGCAGCAGGCCAAACUGGAUGAUACUUUGCGGAAACUAAUGGAAACCACUCAUAUAAAGAAUGACUUGCAGAAGGACUUGGAACAGAAGGAUCUGUUUCUUCAACAGUUAUUGAACAGAGAUGAAGAAGAGGUGUCUGGGUAUCCUGGUAAACCAUUAGCAAGUAAUGGCUACACCCAAUCGUUGAACAAAACUACUUCUCCAGUGUAUAGAGGGACAGAAGACCUUCAAGUAGUCCGAGAUUCCUUGCGCAGUUUACGAAGCAGUUUUGCUGGUCAUGACCCCCAGCACCACACAAUCGACACGUUGGAGCAAGGAAUCGCAAGUUUAUUAGAACGAAUGCACGUGGCUGAAACACAGGGAAGAGCUGGUAACAAAACUCCUGUGAAACAUUCAGGAAGAAGAGAAGCAAAUACAGAGAGAGAAUCCUGGCCUUCAAAUUCCAGUCUUCAUUCUCACAAUAGUCCUGGUCUAAGCAGUCUUGUCUCCACCAAGGUGCUGUAUUUCACAGAUCGCACUCUUGUGCCAUUUAUGGUAAACAUCCCAAAGAGACUUGGUGAAGUGACUCUGAAAGAUUUUAAAGCAGCAAUAGAUCGGGAAGGGAAUUAUAGAUAUCACUUUAAAGCACUGGAUCCUGAAUUUGGCACUGUGAAGGAAGAGCUUUUCCAUGAUGAUGAUAUUAUACCUGGUUGGGAGGGCAAAAUAGUUGCUUGGGUUGAAGAAGACCAUGGAGACAGUAGGUAGACUGAUUCUCUCCCCAAAUUUGGCUGAUUUCUUUAUUUUUAAUCGCAAAAGGACAAGAGGACAACCCACCAAAGAACAAAAAGAUACCACUCAAGUUUUCAUGUCCUUGUUUGUCUUCAGUUCCUGUGCCAACUACCAAAUGUGACUGGAAAGGAGAGCCUAGUACAAAAGUUGCCCAAGAACAGAUGGCCUUGUGCUGAUGAAAAUAGACAAUUCAUUGUAAAGCUGAAUUACUGUUAGUUGCUGUACUGAUGUACAAUUGUCAUGCUGUUACCAUGAGCAAUAAGUUGAAUUUUGCUAACAUCAGUAUUGUGAAAAGCAACUUCAGUAAAAUAUUUGUAUUGUUGCAACCUCAACGUUUGGGAUAUACAAAGUUGUAAAUUGUUAUAGCUUAGCAGCAAAUGCAAUUCAGGUUCUGACUUUUCAGUUUUGAGUUGUUUAAAAACUUCAAAUGAUUUUUGUGACCAACCUAUAAAUCUCAUCCAUGUCAUUUGGUUACACUGAGCUCUUGGGUGUUACAGCAAAGAUUUUUCAACUGAACGGUUUUGAGCAUUAAUGCUUGAUUAAACAUAACCUUUUUUGCUGACAGGUGAGAUGACAUUAUAGUAAUGAAAUAUGCCCCUUCUGCUUUGGGGUAGGACCUCUGACGAAUUGCAGUUGUUUUCCUUAUCUGCAGUAAGUGUGCCUUUGUUAAGAGUAGCAUGGUUUGUGGUGUGGAUUUUUCUGCUUUCCAGCUGCAGGAGGUUGGUUGGAAGUGAGAAAUGUAGUUUAUUUGGAAGAAGAAACAGUGGAAUUCAUUCAUAAGACAAUUAUACCAAAAGAUUCCAAACCAGGUCAAGACAAAAUAUUUCCUUGAACUCUCAUUAUCUUUAUUCCUUAAUAAAGAUAAAUCAAAGGCUAUUAUCUGCCUUAUUAAAUUAAUGUUCCUGAUUUUUUAUCAACUUAAAAUGAAAUCUUUGACAUGCAAAUUUAUAUGGGAAAAUACUGACUUCGUUCCGAUCAAUAAAUGUUGGGUGAGCAUCAAGAUCCCCCUGCUGUCCUGUCACAGAAUAGCUUCACUGGAGACUUGCAAGCUGAAAUACUAUAUGGCAUUUAUGAAGGCUAAAUGAGCAUUUAAAAUGAGAUUACAAGAAAGGUGUGGAUUUAUUAACAUUUUUAGUCUUGUAUGUAAUGAUGCCAAUUUAUUAUUUGUAACUUGACUGCCCAGAAUGAAAGACAUAAUGAAUUUGUGUUUGUUCUCCAUUUAAUGAAACUGAGCCAUACACACACAUUUUGCUCUGUAAUAUAUUCGUUAGAUAAACAAUACAGGUUUCAAAAUGUCACAUAACAGCAAGCAAUACUGCCUCGAUCUUUCAGGGCCAAGUGGAAUUUUAUGAAUCUUAUUUAGGAUCAGAAUUCUGCAAAACUAAAUGAUGAAAAUUAGAAGUUAGAUAAAGAAGAAUUAGGAUUUCUAGACUAAGAUUUUUGGAAAAACUGCAGUCUUCGAAAGAUUUCUCUGUUUUGGUAAUUCCUUUCCAUUUAAAAAAACCUAAAAAUUCAUAAUAUCACAGAUUUUUUGAGUAUAAAUGCUUUUUAAAGUCAGUAUUCCUAUUAAUUUUUAAAUUUUGUUUUUUUUUUAAUGAACAUUAUGUGGCUGAUAUACUGUUGUUUGGAGAUUUAUAAAAUGAAUUCCAGAACUGAAGAUGGAUGUAACUAAGCAAGUUGUAUCUUUUGGGGAUUGGAACAGUAAGCUUUUUAUAAUUGGAAUAUUUAUCAAGUUUGAAUUAUUCAAAUUACUUUUUAAACAAUGGACUCUUUUUAAAGUAAAGAGUUGUAUUGCCACAGUUUUGGGUAUUUUAUGUUCUGGCACUAUGUUCAGGAGACAACAAUAGUACUAGACAUUUAGUGUAAGUGCCAUAAUAAUUACUGCUGUGCAGUUUGUUUUAAUGGAACUAAACAUUUCAAAUGAUGCAGUGGAAUUAGUUCAUGUCUGUUAUAAGAAAGUGUUUUGUUGUAACCAAGAUUAUUUGAAUCACAUAGACUCAAUUAGUCCUUCGGAUUGCAUCCAGAGAAAAAAUAAAGUUUGUUAUGAUAAGGAUUGACUAUAUAAAGAUAUUGGUGUUUUAAAAAAAAUACUGUGCAUUUUCAAUAAAAUAUGUACUAAGUUCCUUUGUUUUGCAGAGAUUUUAUUCUGCCUUGUACAUAGAACAUAGAACAUAACAGUGCAGUACAGACCCUUCGGCCCUUGAUGUUGCGCCAACCUGCAAAAUUAAUCUGAUGCUCAUCUAACCGACACCGUUCCAUUAUUAUUCAUGUGUAUGUCCAAUGCCAAUUUAAAUCCCCUUAACGCCAGUGAGUCUAUGGUUGCAGGCAUUCGUUCCACGCCCCUACUACUCUAAAGAAAUUACAUGUGACAUCUGUCCUAAAUCUAUCAUCCCUCAAUUUAAAACUAUGAAGUGUAACCCAAGUGGCCUGUUUUUUUAAUGCUGCAUAUGAGCUUCCUCUCCUCCAUCUUCAGCUAUUAGUGUAACCUUUGAUUCCUUCCUCCCUCAAGUUCUUAUUUAGCAUCCCCUUAAAUAUAUCCGUUAUAACUAUCUCAACAUUUCCAUGUGGCAAGUUUCACAUCCUAAAUACUGAGUAAAGAAGGAUCUCUUAAAUUCUUUAUAAGAUUUAUGAGUCGCUAUCUUAUAGAUAUUGACUUCUUAGUUGGAUUCGCUCAUAAGCAGAAACAUUAGAACUGUGAUCAUUAUUGUUAUUGAAACUGGUAUAGCUGUUUUACACUUGAACUGAAAUGAUUCAGCACACAUCACUUGAUAGAUUAUUGGAGUGAUUGAGGUAGAAUAUGUAUAUUGAGGAAAAUUGGAAAAAAAAUUUGGACUGAUUUCAAUUCAUAGGAGGGGACUGACAAUCUUGCAAUUGGAAUCAGAAUCCUGGCAGGUAUGCAAUGCUGCUGGUCAACUGCAAAACCAUUUACAGGCAAAGACCAAAGCCUACUGGCCAGUGGGAAUGUAAGUUGAGAAAUGCAUAACAACAGAAAUUGCAAGGUAUGCUCAGGAAGAGGGUGGGAUGGCCCCGGAUCUGGAAAUAUGUCAUCUUGUUCAUGGAUUGAUGUUAUACUUGAAGUACAACUCAAGGUCUCACAAAAUACUAAGACAAUGCACUAACAAGUUGAACCUUUAGUAAGAGGCUGUAGUGAAUAGCUAAAGCCUUGGAAUUCCAAGUUGAAAUAAAAAGAAUGACUUCUAGUUUGCCAAACUUGAGCAGUUGGUGGUAUCAGGUAACACGUUGACUGUUGGGGAACUGACCAAAUGGGAAGUUUCACUGGUUAUAUUAUUGUAUAUAUCAAAAUUGGUCCUAUCCUUUCAAAUAAUAGUGACUAAUUUUGUAUAAAUGAGUCAUCCAAGGAGGCUUGGAUCGACUUUGGAGCAUAGGAAAGGUAACUGGCUUGACAUAGGACCAAGAAAACAUCUUGGGGGCUAUACUGCCUCUGGUCAGAUAAUGCUGGAUGAGAGGGUUAGAUAUCAAAAGAGAGAAAGUGUUGAAUAAUGGGUAUAGUUGACUGCUUUGAGACUGGAGUCGUUAAUUUGGACAGAAAGAGAGCAUGCACUGUUACAGUCACAAAGUGUCAAUAUUAAUCUUGUCAAGGGCAGUUAAUAUAAUUACUAUAAUGCUCAAGAAGCUCUUAAAGAUGAAUGUGUGGCAUGCAAUGCGAUGAUGACUAGGUAAUCGUGCCAGGGACCCGGGUUUAAUUCCAACCUCAGGCAACUGUCUGUGUGUAGUUUGCACGGUCUCCCUGUGACUG